GAGCAAAGAAAGAGAAUGGGAAGGGUUUUUGAGGAGUGUUAGAAGACAAGAAGAAUCAAAAGCAAGAACCCUAACACAUCAAUUCCGCUCUGUCACUCUCGUCCUUCCGGGUACCGUCCUCAGUCCUCGCUCCCUGCUUGCUUCUCCAGUGACGUCAUCACCAGCCUCCCAGAACUCAUCUCGCUCUCCGCUUCUCUUCCCCAUUCCCCCUUUGCCCGCCCAGACUUGACAACUGGCAUGGAUGACCUUGACAUUGAAUUGGAUGAAAUGGAACUAGUUGCAGCAGCUGCUGGUUACUACUAUUAUAAUAGUAUAACCACUCAGCCUUGUCGUAGUUUGUCACCCACAAAAUCUAGUUUUAUGGCUGAAGUACUCAAUGGUCAGGAUGACUUAUGUCGGGAAAUGUUUCGGAUGGACAAACAUGUUUUUCACAAGUUAUGUGGUAUUUUUCGACAGAGAGGCAUGCUGCGUGACACGGCUGGUGUCAUGAUAGAAGAGCAGUUUGCAAUUUUUUUAAACAUUGUGGGUCACAAUGAGCGCAAUAGAGUUAUACAAGAACGCUUCCAGCAUUCUGGGGAAACCAUAAGCAGGCAUUUCAAUAAUGUUUUGAAGGCAAUUAAGUCGCUAUCGCGUGAAUUUCUUGAACCACCUCCUCUCACUACCCCUCCAGAGAUCCUCAGAAGUAAUAGAUUCUACCCAUACUUCAAGGAUUGCAUUGGGGUUAUUGAUGCCAUGCAUAUCCCUGCCCAUGUACCGGCUAAAGAUCAAUCACGAUUUCGCAAUAAAAAGGGGGUGUUGACACAGAAUGUUUUGGCAGCAUGUACUUUGGAUCUUCAGUUUAUAUUCAUCUAUCCUGGUUGGGAAGGCUCUGUUGCGGAUUCACGUAUAUUGAAAGCUGUUCUUGAUGAUCCGGAUCAAAACUUUCCUCAAAUUCCAGAAGGAAAAUACUAUCUUGUUGAUACUGGCUAUUUGAAUAUGGAGGGCUUUAUUGCUCCAUUUGAAGGCGUCCGCUAUCACCUUCACGAAUAUAGAGGUGCUCACCAAUUACCAAGAAAUGCAAAGGAAUUGUUUAAUCAUCGCCACUCAUCUUUAAGCAAUGCUAUGUGGAAGUCCUUUAAUGUGCUAAAAGAACGAUUUCCAAUCCUUAAACUUGCUCCCCAAUAUGGUUUCCACACCCAAAGGGAUAUUGUCAUAGCUGCCUGUGUUUUACACAAUCACAUCCGGCGUGAGGAAAAGAAUGACUGGUUAUUUGAGAGUGUUGGUGCAAGAGUUGAAGAGCUGCGUGAUUUUGAUGAUCAACCAGAUCCACAGUUGGCUUUCCAGAUACAAGAUCAGAUGGCAGCCUCUUUAAGAGACUCAAUUACCACAGCAAUGUGGAAUGAUUUUUACAAUGAUUGGGAGGAAUGGUAACUCAUGUUUUGGGAUGUCAUUUUGUGCCAAGGCCUGUUGUCUUGCCUACCUUUUUUGGGGCACCUGGACAGCCGAAUGCUAUACUUUGCACUUGGACUGGCUUCUAAACCCUGCUUUAUUAGGUUAACAGUUUUGUUCAAUGGGAAAGGACGGGUGGUAACUUUGCCUUCUCUGUAGCUGCUACCAUGAUGUGAGUAACGUAUCUAGGAGCCAAUGGGGCACUAUUUUGAUGUGCUUAUGUGGAUAUUUCAAUGGACUAGCCUUGGAGAUAAUUAACCCCCUCUUGUUUUGCUUGGUUCUUUUGUACAGGCUAGAUUGAAUAGAAGUCCAGUGAAACUCUCCCCCUGGAUCCUAAAAUUGUCUUUGUUGCGGUAGCAGGAUGUCUAAUUGCACUUGAUGUUUUCUGUAUGAAUUUAAACUUAUUUUCCCAGAUUAUCUGGAGCUCCAAUUGCCUCAUAGGAAACCUUUUUGUGAAACUACAAUUAUAGAAUGAGCAACCUAUCCAAUGUUGAUGACUUCAAG